AUGGUGAGGCCGGGGCCCUUUGCAGUGGACGCUGUGGUAGAACGGCAGAAAAGGCUGCAGGAGUGCCUAGCCGCCAAGGGAAAACUGAAGAACCAAAAUCUAAAAGCCAAGAAUAAUUGUCCAAAUCCACCACCUUCUAAAUCUACUAUUAGACCCCAAAACGAUGUUACCAACCAUGCUGUUUUGCCUGUCAAAGCUGCAGGGCCUAUCAGCUCUAAACUCGAGUCCAGACCAGCUAAUAUAACAGGGUCCCAGAAGCCAAAGUUAGAGGCACUGACACUUGUGGACAGAAGUCUGACCACCAGAAGUGUUUCUUCUAACUAAUGUAAGCCUUCCAGCAAAAGUCGCCAGCAGCAGGAAGCUGGAUCAUCUGCUAAAGAAAAACUGUCAAGAAAGCUCAUGAGGUCAGCUGAUACACAGGGACUGACAACUAGAAAGCAGCAGAUAACAGGUCAGGCCAAUCCAAAACAUACAGAUUCUGUGGGUAACACCCAUAAAGAAAGCAAACCUUCGGAUGGCUUGCUCAUAAAGCGGAACAAAGAGAACAUGCCUCAAACCUUAUCAGAACCUAAAAAGCCAGAUCCUGUAUUAUGUAGCACAAACAAGACAAAGAUUAACUCCUAUAAUCAAAGCAAGAAUAAUUUGACUGUUAAACAAGUUUUGGGCAAAAGUUUGGAGAGUAAUGCUAUCCUGAAAGACAAGGUUAAUAAACAAUUUUUUAGAAAAACACAAAUAAAGACUCUCCCAGUAAAGUUACAGCCACCUUCUAGAGGAACAGAGCUUGCAAGACCAGAAAAGCCCCCAAGGACAGCUCCCUCUCACUUCAUUCAGACCCUUAGUAGGGCUCAAGCAUCAAAGAAACCAGUGGUCAAGAACAUGAAAGAUGUAAAGGUUAACAGGGGUAAAUAUGAACAUUCAAAAGUAACUAAGGCACAGUCAUACACUGAUAUACAGGAGAAAGUAAAACAUGCCAACCCCAGGCCUCACCCAAUUUCACUACAGGAAGGACCUACCAACCGACAUCCAAACAUCAAACAAGAUCAGAAGACCACACAACCUUGUUUUAGGUUCCAGACAAGUGCACUGCAAAAAUCAAAAUUCAUAAGACAGAGACCUAAUUUGACAACCAGCAACUUUAACUCAGUCAUUCCAACCACUCCUGGUAUAAGGGAAAAUAGAGCCAACAGCUUUCAACAAAGAGCACAGACUCUGGACCACAAGUUGAAAAAGACUUUUCCCCCAAAACAUUUCCUGAGCAAGACAGCUCCGAAAACUCAAGCUAAUAUUACAACCAGAAAUGGGAGAGGAGUCCCAAAAAGUACCCAAAUUAAUACCAAUAUUAAAAAGGUAACAGCAGAUGAUCGAAGAAAACAGCUAGAAGAAUGGCAGAAAUCUAAGGGGAAAAUCUAUAAGUGGCCCUCUGUAGAAAUUAAAACAAAAAAAGCCACAAAGAAAAUGAAUAUUUCAUUCUGGAAGAGCAUGGAAGAAGAAGAGGAAGAAAAAAAAGCAGAGUUGAACUUGUGCAGUAAGAUUGACAGCAUUCUGGCAGAGUCUCUGAGGCUCACUGAAGAGGGUGUACUUGCUGAUGAAAUAUUUGCCAUUUUGUCCAACACUCCCAAGGCUGAAAAAUUUACUGAAUUCUGGAUCUGCAAAGUGAAGCUAUUGGCAAGAAAAGGCACCUUUGAUGUCACUGGGCCGUACGAAGAGGCCAUUAAAAAUGGAGCAAAACCAAUACAAGCGUUACAGAAAGCUGUUCUGAACAUUUUGCAAGAUCAAAACAGAGCUACACAAGGAACUGCCUCUGACUCUUUAGUUGCUGCAACUGAUACCAGAUCAAUGGAAGAGCUGGCCAGGAAGAUGGAACCUGGGGAGUACUGUCUUCCUGCAGAGGACAAGGAUCAAGUUCCAGCAAUGCCCCAAAUACCUGAGGCAAGACAGGAUAAUCAUCCUGGUAUCAAGUUACAGAUCUCCUCCAUCUCUAGAGUAAGUGGGAGGCUGGAAGUACAAGACAUGAAGCUUAGCACUCCUGUGCAGUGUUUAGCAAGGACUGAGUGAGCUGUGUCCCAUUACCCAGAAGUACUGCAGGAGCACAACUUGGUGGUGGCUUCUCUUGCCGAACCAUUAGAAACGGAAGACACAAAGUGCUUUGUAUUCCAUAAAAAUGAAGCCUUGCCUGUAACAUUAGGGUUUCAACCCCCUGAAUCAUAA